UGAAGGGCGCGGAGCCGGCUCGGGGCCCGAUGGAGGCGGCCCCGCCGCUGCCUCCGGUCUAUGUCUGUAGCCCGGAGUACCUGGCGCUGUGCGACUCGCUCUGCAAAGUGUCUAAACGGGCCAGUAUGGUGCAUUCUUUGAUCAAAGCAUAUUCCUUACUCGACCACAUGAGGAUAGUCAAGCCCAAAGUGGCUUCCAUGGAGGAGAUGGCAAGCUUUCACACUGAUGCCUAUCUGCAGCACCUCCAGAAGGUCAGCGAGGAAGGGGACAAUGACCACCCGGAGUCCGUGGAGUAUGGACUGGGUUAUGACUGUCCAGCCACUGAAGGUAUCUUUGACUAUGCAGCAGCUGUAGGAGGGGCCAGCAUCACAGCAGCCCAGUGUCUGAUGGAUGGCAAGUGCAAGACUCAGCUGCUGAUGUUAAGGAGGAAAACAAGCUUUUUACUUCUGGGUCUGCAGAGCCUGCAAAGAGAUGAAGCUUCUGGCUUUUGCUACCUAAACGACGCCGUCCUGGGCAUCCUGCGCCUGCGUCGGAAAUUCGACCGCAUCCUCUAUAUUGACUUGGACUUGCAUCAUGGGGAUGGUGUGGAAGAUGCCUUUAGUUUCACCUCCAAAGUCAUGACUGUGUCUCUGCAUAAGUUUUCACCAGGAUUUUUCCCAGGAACAGGAGAUGUGUCUGACGUUGGCCUGGGGAAGGGGCGAUAUUACAGUGUCAACGUACCUAUCCAGGAUGGCAUUCAGGAUGAGAAAUAUUACCAGAUCUGCGAGACUGUGUUGAAGGAGGUGUACACGGCAUUCAACCCGGAAGCAGUAGUCCUGCAGCUGGGAGCAGAUACGAUAGCCGGGGACCCCAUGUGUUCAUUUAACAUGACUCCAGUGGGGAUUGGCAAGUGUCUGAAGUACAUUCUCCAGUGGCAGCUGGCUACUCUCAUCCUGGGAGGAGACAGGAGGCUACAACCUUGCCAACACAGCCCGCUGCUGGACAUACUUGACCGGGGUCAUCCUGGGGAGAACGCUACCCUCCGAGAUCCCAGAUCACGAGCGACGACUUUGCUGAUUUCCCUUUCCCUGCAGUUUUUCACAAAGUAUGGUCCUGAUUACGUGCUGGAGAUCACACCGAGCUGCAGGCCAGACCGCAACGAGCCACAUAAAGUCCAAGAAAUCCUCAGCAUCAUCAAAGGGAAUCUGAAGCAUGUGGUUUAGCUGAAAAGGAAAGCUCAUGUUUCCACAACAGCGGAGCGUUUCCUGUGCGGAAGACAGUGUGUUUAUGUGAGCAGCUUGCAGAAUUCGUGGCUGCAGGGGAAAUUUGGAAGAAAUUACUUUUUUUUUCUUUUUCUUUUUUUUUGACAUUUCCAAGCAGCAGUGAGUGGCUGCGGCUCUACGGUGGCUGUGAGCACACAGUGGCCCCAGUGCUGGGGGAUAGGGGAGCUCCCAACUUCCACCCCCUUGUUCCAACAGAUUCCAGCUUAUUUUUUACAAAACUGCUUUUAUUCUUGCAGAUGGUUUUUCUAAUUAUCUUUUUUAAGGGAGGUGGUGGGCGAGGGCCACUCUGAGCCACAGACUCUCCACAGUCUGGCGCCUGUGCCACUUGUACUGGGCUGCCCUCCUGGUGAGACCACAGGCUGUAGGUGUAGACGCUGUGACGUGAACUCCAGAGGGGACGCGUUGAGCGAUAGGCACAGGGCCUGUAAUCCUGGCUGCACCCUUAUCUGGGGAGGGAGCCACAAACGUGUUUUUAAACAAAUAAAAGAGUUGAAAUAUU